CAUAGAAACAGAUAAUUUUUCACUCAAAAAAAUUUCCCCCAAAAUCAAAAUCCUUCUUCCUCAAAACCCCAGCCUCCGUCGAGGUGUAUAUACACAGGGAGAGAGAGGGAGAGAGACAGAGACAGGAAUUGAAGAUGGCAGGGUUGCAGAGAUCAGCAGUAUCAUUCAGGAGACAAGGAUCCUCGGGAUUCGUAUGGGACGACAAAUUCCUCUCUGGAGAGCUCAACAAGCUAGCCGAUCAACAAAAGGAAGAAUACAAAAACAAGCGAUCUCAAAACGUCAAAUCCGCCGCCGCCGAGAAUUCCGCUCUAAGCGGCGGAAUCGCAGUCGAGAGGAGCCGAUCCAGCGGCGGACGCGCGGGGAGAGCUCCGCCGCCGCUCGAGCCGCCGUCCCCUAGGGUUUCCGCCUGCGGACUCUGCGGCGCCUUCGGCAACAGCGGCAAGACGCGCCGCCGGCCGCCCAAGGCUGCCAAGCGCGUGAUGUGAUUCCGGUGCGGCAGCGGUUAAUUUUGCGAACCUAUAAUCACGAUUUCUUUACUUUUCUUUUUAUUAGUUUUAUGUAAAAUAUGUUGUUAUCUUUCAAAAAAAAUAUUCAAUGUUUAAAUAAAUCUAUUUUUCGUAUAA